UCCAGCACAGCCGGCAUUCUAGAGGCGAGAUAAUCGAUUAGCUCGAGGUUCGCCCCGCGGAGGCGGCUCGGCUAGUUCGGGCUUGAGUGCUUCAUCGCGGAAGUGAGCUGAAGGCCGUUGUGGUGGGUGUCGUCUCACCGGCUCGCCCGGGUCGGUAGGGGUUCUGCUGCCAACAUGGCCAACUCUGACUCCCGAUACCCCUGCUCCUCGAUCGAGGAUGACUUCAACUAUGGCAGCUGCGUGGCCUCUGCCAGUGUGCACAUCCGAAUGGCCUUUCUAAGAAAAGUCUACAGCAUCCUUUCUCUACAAGUUCUCUUAACUACAGUGACUUCUACAGCUUUUUUAUACUUUGAAUCUGUACGGACCUUUGUAUAUGAAAGCCAUAUGGAAAAGCUAUUUUAUAUUGAGUAUGUUUAUGUGCAUUCUAAUCAAUGUUUUAAUUUUACAGUUACUUUCUAUGAUGUCUCUAUUGUUCUGCAAGCUUUUAUACUGACUACUGCAGUAUUUCUUGGUUUGACUGCGUAUACUCUACAAUCUAAGAGAGAUUUCAGCAAAUUUGGAGCAGGGUAA